UCACCGAAACAAAAGAUGUUGAGAAUCAAGUAUCCAAAAGGUAAUGAGCAUGACCAAGCUUUCGCUCAAGCUAAGUGGCUGUUCUUUUCCUCAGUAGAAGAUCAGAUGUUCCGGUCUGUGGAGGGCCAGGCUGCCUCAGAUGAAGAGGAGGAGAAGUGGACAGGGGACCAGCAAUCCCAAGUGGCUGAUGUGAAGAAACUUCUGGACAGGGUCCCCUGUUGCGGAAGUGGAUGUGAUGACAAAAUAGUGAAGAAAUUGACGUCUUAUUUUAGAAGCACCAAUAAGGAUGACCAUGAGAAUGCCACCGUGGAGCUAGCAGAGAGAAUUACCAAGUUAACUGAGCAGCUUGAGAGGAAAGGACACGAAGUGAAAAAACUAGAAACGAACAUGAAAGAGAUGAAAGGCCCAUUGCUAGGUGAACUGCAACAAAAGGUGGAGGAGACUGAAUUAUUGAAGAUGGAGCUACAGAUGUUGGAGACUGAGAGAGUUAGGCUGUCACUGGUGGAAGAAAAGCUCAUGGAUGUUUUACAGCUUCUUCAACAACUUCAAGACCUGAGCAUAUCGAAGAGAGCCUUGGGGAAAAUCCUGCUGAGCACUUUGGAUUCCUGCCGUGCCCCCCAACAUGGAAAAGACCACAUCCUUGAGGUCCUAGAUACGCUCUACCAUGAGCUGGCUGCCUGCGAACUCCUACAGAGCAAGCCUCUAGAGAAAGCUCAGAGUCACCAGUCCUUGUCUAAUCCACUGGUUAUCUCUUGUUGAGCAACAGUGCCAUCUACUGUUUGUCAUGAUUAGUCUUACAAUGUUAGAGGCAGAAGUAAGAGACUGCCACAUUUGGGUGAGUUCAAUAAUAAAAGGACACGCUGGGACAAUUACGUCAUGAAAAGACAGGUAUACUGCCUCUGGGGAAACCUCUUUAAAUGUUCACAUUUUUGGAGGAAUGCUAAAUAAUGUCCAUCUCCAAAGCCUGACAACCAUCGUAUUGUGGCAUUGAUAAAUGUACCAGUUCAUCAAAUAACAAGUAUUAGAAAUGCACUGACCAGCUCAAUAGAGGAAAACCCCAAACUGAAUAGCUGAUGGAUUGUUGAUAAGCUUGAGGAUUUUUUCCUCUUCUGAUAUCCGAAUCAGAACAUUUAAUAGUGGAAGACCAACUAGCUGGCUGAUACAUAUGUUGUUUUCUUAAAGUACAAUAGACAAAAUUAUUGUAUUAUAAAGAUAUAUGCUUAUGAGUAUAUGCCAGUAGGGCAAGUUACAGACCUUUGUAUAAAUGCAUGUGUCUGAGUUUGCAGUUAUGAUUAUACAUCUUAUUUAACUCUAGAAGUAGAUUUAUAUUUCUGUUCAUAUGGAUUUUAUAUUUGUAAUUACAGACCCAUUAGAAGUAUGAUUAUGCUUUGAUAUUAAUCGGUAACUGUCCUUGCAGAUUAUAAUCUUAGAUUUUAUUUUAAACAUUAAACUGUUUGAAAAAGUG